UUUUUCCUUAACUCAUUACAGAAACUGUAAACUAUAUAGUAGUUUGUCCAGACUCACAUUAUCCAACACAAAGACCAAACCACCAUGCAUGUCUUAUCUCUUACUUCCUCCUUAAUAUUCCGUUUUCUCUUCCUCAUCUCCACAUUUCCAAUUUCUCCAGCUAAACCCACAGCCUCGCAUCCCCCGGCACUGCCUCGCCACCGCCACAGAGAGCUAUCCGUUGAUUACUACUCCAAGAAAUGUCCUCAGCUCGAAAGUCUUGUAGGCUCCGUCACUUCCCAGCGGUUCAAAGAAGCACCCGUCUCCGCCCCUGCCACUAUUCGCCUCUUCUUCCACGACUGCUUUGUUGAGGGUUGUGACGGGUCGAUAUUGAUAGAAACCAAAAAGGGAGGCAAGAAACUAGCCGAAAGAGAGGCAGUUGAAAAUAAGGAAUUGAGAGAAGAAGGAUUUGAGAGUAUCACAAAGGCAAAGGCAUUGGUUGAGUCUCAUUGCCCUUCUCGUGUCUCUUGCUCUGAUAUUCUCGCCAUCGCUGCCCGAGAUUUCAUCCACCUGGCAGGUGGACCGUACUAUCAAGUGAAAAAAGGAAGGUGGGACGGCAAAAUAUCGACGGCAACGAACGUCCCUCCUAACAUCCCUCGAUCAAACUCCACGGUGGAUCAACUCAUCAAGCUCUUCGCGUCAAAAGGACUAACGGUAGAGGACCUCGUAGUCCUUUCUGGCUCCCACACAAUCGGCUUCGCCCACUGCAAGAGUUUCGUUGAUCGCCUCUACGACUUCAAAGGCACAAAACGACCCGACCUGAAUCUCAACACAAGAUUACUGAAGGAGCUCCGUAUGUAUUGCCCUUCCUCCGGCAGAAGCUCCCGUGCCACCCUUCCCCUCGACGCCACAACUCCGUUUGCGUUCGACAACGGGUAUUACAGAGGUCUAGGAAGUAACAUGGGCCUUCUCGGGUCGGACCAAGCCUUGUUUCUUGACCCGAGGACGAAGCCCAUUGCAGUUGAGAUGGCUAGAGAUAAGCAGAGGUUUCUCAAGGCGUUUGGGGACGCUAUGGAUAAGAUGGGUUCUAUUGGUGUAAAGAGAGGGAGAAAACAUGGGGAGAUACGAAAGGAUUGCCGUUUCUUUUUAUAGAUCUUUUAUACUUAUUUUUGUUUGGUUUCGUGUGUGCUUUUUGUCUCGAUCUUGAUAUGUCUUUAGUUCUUUUCAGAAGUUU